AUGCGCGUGGACUUCAACGUGCCGCUGAAAGACGGCAAAGUCGCGGACUCGACGCGAAUUGCUGCAACAAUUCCGACAAUAAAGUUCGCGCUGCAGCACGGGGCGCGGGCGGUGCUGCUGCUGUCGCACUGCGGGCGGCCGGACGGCCGCGUGCAGCAGCAGUUCAGCCUGCGGCCGGUGCUGCCGGUGCUGCAGCAGCUGCUGCAGCAGCAGCAGCUCAGCAGCAAAGUCUCCUUCGUCGAGGACUGCGUGGGGCCCCAGGCCGAAGCAGCAGCAGCAAAUGCGCAAAACGGAGAAGUGCUGCUGCUCGAAAACCUCCGCUUUCACCUCGAAGAAGAAGGAAAGGGCGAAGACGCAAACGGCAAUAAAGUCAAAGCCGACAGCAAACAAGUCGAGGCCUUCCGCAACAGCCUCACCAAGUCUGCUGCUGCUGCUGCUGCUGCUGCUGCUGCUGCUGCUGCUGCUGCUGCUGCUGCUGCUGCUGCUGCUGCUGACUUCUGCUUUGCUGCUGCUGCUGCUGCUGCUGCUGCUGCUGCUGCUGGUAGGGUGGACUUGAUGAUAAUAGGGGGCGGAAUGGCCUUCACUUUCAAGAAAGUGCUGGAGAACAUGCAGAUCGGAAACUCCCUUUUCGACGAAGACGGAGCCAAAAUAGUCCCUGAAAUCAUGCAGGAGGCGAAGGCCAAAAACGUCGAAGUCCUUUUGCCCGUCGACUUCGUCUGCGGCGACAAAUUCGCCCCCGACGCCAACACCCAACUCUGCGAAGACAAGGCCGGAGUGCCUGCGGGCUGGAUGGGGCUCGACGUGGGGCCCAAGACCAUCGAACUCGCCAAGGCUAUGAUCGGCCGCGCGAAGACGAUCGUGUGGAACGGCCCGCCGGGAGUCUUCGAAAUGCCCGCGUUUGCCAAAGGCUCCACCGCCUUCGCAGAGGCCGUUGCUGCAGCAACAGCAGCAGGAGCGACUUCAAUAGUGGGGGGCGGCGACACGGCCUCUUUGGUGGAGAAGUGCGGCAUGGCUGCCAAGAUGAGCCACGUUUCCACGGGCGGGGGGGCCUCUCUGGAGCUCCUGGAGGGCAAGGAGCUCCCCGGAGUGGCAGCUUUGUCUUCAAAGUGA